GCAAAUUGAAAAACACCAAACUCGAACAAUUUUAUUGAUAAAUUGCUCUUCAAUUUAUUUUCAUUACAAAGUACAUUGCAGUAUUAUGGCUAGUCAGAUCUCAGAGUAAACAAUAUUGUGCUUAUCUCGUAUCACUGUGUUAUAUAAACAUCGUUGUGUAAAGCCAGAAUUUAGUGAAUAUGUUACGCUUACCAUAUCAAGUGGUUCGAGGUUUUAAAAUGUCUUCUGUUGAUCAAAGCAUGCAAUUAUUGAGAAACCAAGCCUAUGUCAAUGGACAAUGGGUGAACGCGCAAAGCAAGGCGGUGUAUCCUGUCACAAACCCAGCCGACGACAAAGUUAUAACCGAAGUACCGGACAUGGACGCUCACGAUACUAAAGCGGCUUUGGACGCCGCGGCAGACGCUUUUAAAACUUGGAAGAAGACUACCGCCAAAGAAAGAUCGAGCAUACUACGAAAAUGGUAUGACAUUUGCAUGAAGAACAGCGACUAUUUAGCAGAAAUUAUCACCGCCGAAGCCGGAAAGCCUCUAGCUGAAUCUAAAGGCGAGAUUGUUUACGGGAGCUCUUUUUUGGAAUGGUUUGCGGACACCGCUCGACAUAUCAACGGUGAAGUAAUUCCCAGCCCCUGGCCUAACAAGCAAAUUAUGGUCACUCGUCAACCUCUAGGUGUGGUGUCUAUUAUUACACCAUGGAACUUUCCCUUUGCCAUGAUAACCCGAAAAGUGUCAGCUCUGAUGGCUGCAGGCUGCACCUGUGUGAUAAAACCCGCUGAAGACACACCUUUGUCGGCUUUGGCUGCAGUUCAGUUGGCAGAGGAGGCAGGUGUCCCAAAAGGCGUGAUCAAUGUUGUGACAGCGAGCAGAAAAAAUGCUCCUAAUGUGGGCCAAGUCUUGUGCGAGGAUCCUCAAGUUGGCUGCAUAUCCUUCACAGGCUCUACACAUGUUGGAAAAAUAUUGUAUGGUAUGGCCGCCAAAGGUGUAAAGAGGGUGUCCCUAGAGUUAGGAGGAAAUGCUCCUUUCAUAGUGUUCCCGAGCGCAGACAUGGAUAAUGCCUUAGAGAAUGCUAUGUUGGCUAAGUUCAGAAACAAUGGUCAAGCAUGUGUUGGGGCUAACAGGUUUUUAGUCCACGAAGACGUGUUUAAUAAGUUUGUCACUGGUUUAAAAGAAAAGAUCGCUCAAAAAUGCAUAUUAGGCCCAGGCUCUAAGCCAGGUGUUACCUGUGGUCCACUCAUCAACACUGCCCAAGUAAACAAAAUCACUGGAUUAGUUGACGAUGCUGUUUCCAAAGGUGCCAAGUUGAUGCUAGGAGGAAAAGUUGCUUCAAACAUUGGGAACAAAUUCUAUGAAUCAACACUGCUAACUGAUGUAACACCAAAAAUGAAUAUAUACAAAGAGGAGAUUUUUGGCCCCGUUGUGGUGUGUUACAAGUUUAAAACGGAGGAGGAGGUACUAAAGAUUGCUAACAGCACCAGAAGUGGAUUGGCCUCUUAUGUUUUCACCAAGGAUCUCGGGCAAGCAUUUAGAAUGUCACAGGAGCUAGAGUUCGGAAUGGUGGGCAUCAACAGUGGGAUGUUGUCAACAACGGAAGCACCGUUUGGUGGUAUAAAGGAGUCUGGUAUUGGCAGGGAGGGCAGCAAGCAUGGAGCUGAAGAAUACACGGACAUAAAGUACACUUUAUUCUCUGCUUUAGACAAAUAGAGAUGAUAAUAUUACGUUUAAAGAAUUACAAAACAUUGCAUGCCAUAGACCUAAUUACAAUUGAGCUUGUAAACUCGCAAUACUCUUUUUUUGGCUGUUGUUUAGGUAUAAGUUUUUAAAGUAAUUCAAAGGCCGGCAACGCACCUGCAGCUCUUCUGAU